GUAGAAUUACUGCUUUUGUCCCCACUCACUUAAGCAGCUCAUUCAUGGCUGCCCCAACCCUCUUCAUCUCUACCCACAUCCCUCUCUUUACUCUUCUUCUCAAUUUCCCCCCCGAAUCUUUUCUUUUUUUCUCCCUUGAGCUCCAAUUCCAAUUCUCCUUCGUAAAUUCUCUUACAUUUCUUUUUUCUGCUUCUUCAAUUUCGCUGCAUUGUUAGCUAAUUUCAUUUCUCUGGUGCUGGAAGCAAGCUGGAAUGGCGGGAGGCCCGGCCCGAAUUGUCAAUCUAUUUGCUCUAAUUGAGCUCAUGCUUCUUCUUUGUACGCACAAAUCAUUUUGCGUCUCAAUGACGAAUUCCAAAAGUUCGAUACAAGCAGACAAAAAAGCAGACGUACUUUUACCGUACACUUCUCCAACCGCAUCUCCUCAGCCCUUUCUCCCUCUUCUCGCACCAUCUCCAUUAACUCCCUUCACAAACAGCACAAUCCCCCAAUUAUCCGGACUAUGCGUGCUGAACUUCACUUCCCUCACAAACAUGCUGACAGUGACAUCAACCGAUUGCAUGGCGGCAUUCGCACCGCUCUUGGCAAACGUAGUGUGCUGUCCACAAGUCGAGGCUACUUUGGUCAUUCUCAUCGGCCAAUCCAGUAAAUACACAAACACCCUUUCUCUAAACGGGACCACAUCAACCCACUGCCUUUCCGAUUUCGAGCAGAUUCUUGUGGGCCAGGGUGCAAAUGACAGCCUGUCGAAGAUAUGCUCUGUCCAUUCUUCGAAUCUAACGGAAGGUUCUUGCCCAGUCAGCGAUGUUUCCGAGUUCGAGAGCACAGUAGAUUCGCCCAACCUUCUCGCUGCAUGCGAGAAGAUUGAUAUUGUGAAUGAAUGCUGCCAGCAAAUCUGUCAGAACGCUAUUCUAGAAGCUUCUAGAAAGCUCGCUCAGAAGGCUUACAAUCUCUUGACCCUCGGCGAGACCCACGCGCUUUCGGAUCAUUCGAGUAGGAUUAAUGACUGCAAAAGCGUCGUGCUGAGGUGGCUCGCGAGUAAACUCGCGCCUUCUCGAGCGAAAGAAGUUCUUCGAGGGCUGUCCAAUUGCGGAAUCAAUAAAGUGUGUCCUUUGAAGUUUCCGAAUUUGGACCAUGUAAUAAAAGGGUGUGGCGGUGGAAUAAGUAAUCGUACGGAGUGUUGCGGUUCUUUGGAGAGUUACGUUUCUCACUUGCAGAGGCAGAGCUUCGUGACGAAUUUGCAAGCUCUAAAUUGUGCUGCGUUGCUCGGAGUGAAAUUGAGUAGAGCGAAUAUUACCGAAAAUGUGUACAGCCAGUGCCGUGUUAGCCUCAAAGAUUUCUCUCUUCAAGUUGGUGCUCAGGAAUCGGGAUGCCUAUUACCGAGCUUGCCAUCGGACGUAGUGUUCGACAGAACAACAGGUGUUAGCUUCGUCUGUGAUUUGAAUGAUAAUAUUCCAGCUCCUUGGCCUGCUUCCUCUCAGUUACCACCUUCAUCAUGCAACAAAACAGCUGUCAAAAUUCCUGCCCUUCCUGCAGUAGCUUCUGGUCAAACCAGUUUCGACAGCUCAGACAUGAACUCGUUUCUGUAUUUAACGGUGUUAGCUGCUCUCUCGAUUCUCAUUUAGCUUUCAGUAGAAUGAUUCGACUUUUGAUUGAUGAGAAUUACUAGAGAUUUGCUCAAAAACAUGGAAGUCCAUUAGAUCAAAAACAAAAUGGUCAACGUUCGAGCUAGGUGGGCCCCACCUGCAUUCAGGUCCGGCCGGUUACUCAUGUCUCAAAUUUACUCCGGUGACUAUUUUAUGGUUUAGAUUUCUUAUAGUUUUACCAUAUAUAUUAUAUAUAAUUCUUGUGUGCUUGUGUAAUAAGAAUUUUUUGUAAAGGAGGAUGAAAUAUAAUUCAUGUAAGAAAGAAUCUAUAAAAUUUAUAUAUUACCAUGUAGAUUUUUAGUUUGGA